CAAGGACGGCAGCUCGAGCAGAGCGCCACCAUCGGGCGGGCCCGAACCCCAGUCUGGCCGCGGCUCCACGACGACCACCACCAUGGGGAUCGCGAGCGCUCCCGCCCCGGCCGCGGCCCUCCUGCUGGCCGCCGCCGCCGUCGUCGUCGGCGUCCUGGCGGGUGGUGCGGGCGCCAACUACAAUGACGCGGACCAGACGAGCAGGACGGCGUGCGCGCUCUCCUUCUCGCAGGCCCUGGCGCUGGCCCACAAGGCGUGGGACGACCUGCUCCUCAUCCUCGGGGACCGCGUCGAGCUGCUCGCCUUCGAGGACACCGUCAUGCAGCAGCGUGAGCACGCGUCGCUGCGCCGCACGCUGCGGCCGCUGACCCUGGUGGAAGGCACCGAGGUCUCGGGGCUGCGCGCCGGCGACAUCACCCUGGUCGGCGUCAAUGACACCGAGCCCGCCAUCUACUUCACGGUCAAGCUCAAGCCCCUCAAGAUCCGCGGCGCGCUGCGCACCGGCGACAACACGCACCUGCUGCGCGCCUUCCUCGUGGACAUGACGUACCGGUUCCGCACCGUGGUGGACGGCCGCGACCUGCUCGGCAAGAACGACAACAGCAGCGUGAGGAACGUGGCCGCCACGCGCUACGGCCUGGUCAGGGCCGGCCACGUCACGCACCUACAGGUGGCCAACGGCGACCGCACCGAGACGGCGUUCGGCCAGGAGGUGGAGGCGCUGCUGGCCGGCGCGGCCGUGACGAGCGCGUGGCACGAGCUGCAGCGUGCGGCCAGCGUGCACGUCAACUGGGAGCGAGAGCGCCCGCGCCCGCUGCAGUGGGAGCCCACACAGGCGCCCCGGUCCUGGGGGCCGGAGCAGGCGUAGGGAACACUACAGGUGCAGCCGCACUCCCUGCAGCGGACGACCCCCCCACCCGUACUACCCUGGAGCGAGGGUGCAGGGCACUUCCCGUCCCGCCCUCGCUCGGAGCCGAACUUGCAAAACAUCUUUGAGCUGAAAACAACUUUUGCAUUUGGCACUGCGCGCGUUAGCACGGCGCUGGCUGCACAAACUCCUGCUCUCAGAGUCGCUAAGGUCCAUGUUCAACCAGCUUCUCCGCCCACACCCCCCGUUUUACCCUGUUCCCUCCCUCUUCCAACCACCUCGCCCCUUCCUCCUCACCCCCCUCAGCCCUUACGGCCCCAUCGCAACGCCACGCCACCCAGACUCCCCAGUCGUUUCGGGACUUCUUCCAAAACUGAUGACUGGAGAAAGCAAACUACUGAUCACUGUUCGACUCCUCGCCGCUGGCGCCCGCCCCGCCCCACCACGCCGCCCCGGCGGGCUUCCUCCUACAAGGUCUGUGUCUCCACAGCAUCCGGCACUGCCAAAGACAAAAACAACCGAUAAAAACAAACCAACCAUACACAUUGGCUGUCAAUAAAAGGUGGCGAGUGGUA